AUGAGGCACUGUGUCAAUUGCUGCAUACAAUUGUUACCUGAUGACUUGCACCAACAGUGUUUUAGCUGCCGAGGACCCUAUCACAGCCACCACAAGUGUCCCAUCUGCAAAGGAGAGAAAAUUCUGCUGCGAGUGGAUAGCAAGCAGAUGAACUUGCUUGCAGUUUUAGAAGUGAGGACAGAACACAAUGAAAGCUGGAGUGGGUUUUUUCGCUUCAAAAAGGGGAAGCGAUGGAGCCUGGUUUGUGGAUUGAUCAUAAUGACUUUGGUGAUGGCAUCCUAUAUACUGACUGGGGCCAAACACGAACUCCUGCUCAUCCCAUCAUCAUUGCGUUAUAGGAGUUUUCCUAAUAAUCCAGCUUUAAUGGAUGAUGAAUACCUGAGGAAUUUGAAAGAUUUUCACCAACCUUUUUUAGUGAAUAUUUCAUAUGAAAAAUAUUAUCCAAAUAUUAAAUUAAUUAUCAACUCAAUCACUUCAAAGGUUGAAUUUACUACAAGGCAGCUCCCGGAUCUAGAAGACCUUGAGAAACAGGAACUGCAUAUGUUCUCAGUUAUCCCUAACAAAUUUCUUCCAACAAGUAAAAAUCCUUGUUGGUAUGAGGAAUACACAGGGAAAAAUACCACGGAUCCCUAUAUGACUAACCUCUAUGCACUGUAUUCAAAGCAUUUUCGGUCAACCUUUGAUUAUCUCAGGAAAGAGUUUUGGAACCACUUGUACCAUUUCAAAGAGAAGCACUACCGCCUACGUUGCCUCCCUCAUUUCUACAUCAUUGGGCAACCAAAGUGUGGGACGACUGAUCUAUAUGAUCGUCUCAGGUUGCACCCAGAUGUGAAAUUCUCAGCCAUUAAAGAACCACACUGGUGGACAAGGAAACGAUUUGGAAUAGUGCGACUGAGAGAUGGGUUUCGUGACAGAUCCCCAGUGGAAGAUUACCUGGACUUGUUCGACUUGGCAGCCCAUGAAAUUCAUAAGGGACUCCGGAGUGAUUCAGGGACAGAACACAGCAAGAUGAAUAAUAUAGUUAUUGGAGAGGCCAGUGCUUCAACCAUGUGGGACAAUAAUGCUUGGACUUACUUCUAUGAUAAUAGUACUGAUGGAGAACCUCCAUUUCUGAUCCAGGACUUCAUCCACGCCUUUGAGCCAAAUGCAAAGCUCAUAGUCAUGUUGAGGGAUCCUGUGGAAAGGUUGUACUCAGAUUAUCUAUACUUUGCAAGUUCCAAUAAAUCUGCUGAAGAUUUCCAUGAAAAAGUGGCAGAAUCUCUGCAGCUGUUUGAAAAUUGCAUGUUGGAUUAUUCAUUGCGAGCCUGUGUCUACAACAACACACUGAAUAAUGCCAUGCCUGUAAGACUCCAGAUUGGCUUAUACGUCGUGUAUCUCUUAGACUGGCUCACUGUUUUUGACAAAGAACAGAUUCUGAUUCUUCGUCUAGAAGAUCAUGCAUCCAAUGUCAAGUAUACCAUGAAUAAAGUUUUCCAGUUCCUGAAUUUAGGGCCCUUAAAUAAAAAACAGGAAGCUCUGAUUACCAGGAGUCCUGCAUCGAAUACAAGACGUCCAGAGGACCGGAACCUGGGACCCAUGUUUCUACUCACGAAAAAGAUUCUCCAAGACUUUUAUGAGCCUUUUAAUACCAAACUGGCUCAAGUGCUUUCUGAUGAAGCUUUUUCUUGGAAGCAGACAUAAAGAAUGAAUUCCCUAUCAUGAGCUCUAUGCUAGAAGAUUUUAUUACUUUUCAUCAGAAGAUAUUUAUUUAUGGGCAGUUGUUUUAUCCUUGGCAUAAUGGACUUCAUCCCAGGAUUUUCGCCCUUCUUCUCUUGGCUUAGCAAACCAUAUUUCAUUAUAAUUAUUUCAGACUUUGGGGUAUCAAAUAUCCUUGUAAUGACUCCUUGCAAUGCACACUUUCCCUCUGAACAGUUGGGGACUGCUAUGAUGGAAUUAUAUUUUUUCUACCCUCACAAUUUUAUAAGUAUUUAUUAAGCUUCUGCCAUUUGUCUAGCACUAUGUCAGGCAUGUGAAGGGAUCUGAAAGAUGAUAGAAUCCUUGUCUUCAAUGGGUUUAUAAUGCCACUUUUGUUAGAAUUUUGAAAUUUGAUAGAGCAUGUUAAAGAUCAUAUCACUGACUUUACAAAAUUAUAUUUUCAUUGUUAGUUUCAAAGAAUGUCUGUUUCAGUCAUUUAAAGUCAUUUAUUGCUGGGGAGGCUUUUCCUCUUUAUUUUCCCCCUCUCCUCUUAAAUCCCACAAUGCAUUUGGUUAAAUAAAGAUUUUAUACAG